CGCCCGCCCCCACGCUCCCUUCAGUCCCUCCCCUCAACUCCGUGCGCAAGGUCGUGUCCCGGAAGUGAAGGGGCCAUGUUGGUGGGUGACCCCGGGAGAGGUACCGGGAGAGAGGCGAAUCCCGAGGAGUGGUAGCGCGCGCAGUCCGCGGCUUGACGCCCAGCCACUGCCUGUCCCCCAUGGCCCCAUGGAGCCGAGAGGCGGUGCUCAGUCUCUACCGGGCCCUGCUGCGUCAGGGUCGAGAGCUUCGCUACACUGAUCGAGACUUCUACCUUGCCUCCAUCCGCCGUGAGUUCCGGAAAAAUCAGAAGCUAGAGGAUCCUGAGGCCCGGGAGAAGCAGCUGGAAAAGGGCCUGGUCUUCCUCCACAGCAAAUUGGGGGGGAUUAUUUAGGAUCCCCUCCUUUCCUCUCUCAUCCUAAUUCCAAGGGAAAGAGGACAAAGGUGUCUUCUGUAGACACUCGUGCUCUUUCCCAUCCCUACCUCACAGAUGCAGUAAGAAGCCUCAGGUGAGCGAUGGCAGGCUCUGGUGAGCGCAAAGGCAAGAAGGAUGACAAUGGCAUCGGCACGGCCCUUGAUUUCGUGCUCUCCAACGCCCGGCUGGUGCUGGGAGUGGGCGGAGCGGCCAUGUUGGGCAUCGCCACACUGGCAGUUAAGCGGGAAGCUACCUGUGCCGGUCCUCUGCUGUUUCAGAUGUACGAUAGGGCGAUCAGUGCCCCUACCAGCCCCACCCGCCUGAGCCAUUCAGGAAAAAGGAGCUGGGAAGAACCGAACUGGAUGGGCUCCCCCCGGCUGCUGAAUAAGGACAUGAAGACAGGCCUGAGCCGGUCCCUGCAGACCCUUCCCUCAGACGCCUCGGCCUUUGACACGGAUACAUUCUGCCCGCCCCGGCCCAAGCCAUUGGCCAGGAAGGGCCAGGUAGACUUGAAGAAGUCACGACUCCGCAUGUCCCUGCAGGAGAAACUUCUUACUUACUACCGGAAUCGGGCAGCCAUUCCUGCUGGCGAGCAGGCUCGGGCCAAGCAAGCUGCUGUGGACAUAUGUGCCGAGCUCCGGAGCUUCCUGCGGGCCAAGUUGCCUGACAUGCCACUUCGGGACAUGUACCUGAGUGGCAGCCUCUAUGAUGACCUGCAGGUGGUGACAGCUGACCACAUCCAACUCAUCGUGCCCCUUGUGCUGGAGCAGAACCUGUGGUCUUGUGUCCCCGGUGAGGACACCAUCAUGAAUGUCCCUGGCUUCUACCUGGUUCGUCGUGAGAACCCAGAGUAUUUUCCUCGUGGUAGCAGUUACUGGGACCGCUGUGUUGUAGGGGGCUACCUCUCCCCAAAGACAGUGGCAGACACGUUUGAGAAGGUAGUGGCUGGCUCCAUCAAUUGGCCAGCCAUAGGGUCCCUCUUGGACUAUGUCAUCCGACCAGCACCACCCCCAGAAGCCCUGACUUUGGAAGUGCAGUAUGAGCGUGACAAGCAUCUUGUCAUUGACUUCCUGCCAUCAGUGACCCUUGGUGACACUGUCUUGGUAGCCAGACCACACCGGCUGGCGCAGUAUGACAACCUAUGGCGGCUGAGCCUGCGUCCCGCAGAGACGGCACGCCUACGGGCUUUGGACCAGGCCGACUCGGGCUGCCGAUCUCUGUGCCUCAAGAUCCUCAAGGCCAUAUGUAAGUCCACUCCGGCUCUGGGCCACCUCACUGCCAGCCAGCUCACCAAUGUCAUCCUCCACUUGGCCCAGGAGGAGGCUGACUGGUCUCCAGAUAUGCUGGCCGACCGAUUCUUACAGGCCCUGCGGGGACUCAUCAGCUACCUGGAGGCUGGGGUCCUGCCCAGUGCCCUCAACCCCAAGGUGAACUUAUUUGCAGAGCUCACUCCUGAGGAAAUAGAUGAAUUGGGAUAUACUCUCUAUUGCUCAUUGUCUGAGCCGGAGGUGCUGCUGCAGACGUAGGGCAGGUGAAGGCCACGGUGGGCGUCAGUGGUCAGACCCUGGCUUCUCCGUUAGAAACACGUGGCUGCAUAGUUGGUGCCUCACAGGGUCCCUAGGUGCCUCCUAUCUUGCUGGUCAUCACCCCGUCACCUCAUGCUGAUCAGAAUGCCAUCUCUUUGUCUCCUGUUUCCUUAGCCGACCCUUUCUGUUUUUGUUACCAAACUGCUCCCGCUCCUCCCCUCCCCCUUGCUCCAGGCUAAUUUUUCUGGAAUGAAUGGAGAUGGUGGAGCACUGGGCCAAGCUGGUGUUUUGCAUUGUGGCCCAGGUGUUCUGUCCCUGUCUGCCCUGCCCUUUGGCCUGUUUCUUUUGUGUCUUCUCUGUCUUUUCCCUUGUUCACGCCUUCUGUUCUGCUCUUUCGCCGGGAGCGGAUCUGCCUAGUCAAGAUGUUGCCUAUUUGUUGAAUGUCACUGAAGAGUUAUGAACGCACGUUUUGGAGCCGAGCUGCAGAGUGAGUGAGUGCCCAGACAGUAUUUAGAGUUUCUGGGGGUAAAGCAGGCAGAAGAGCCGGCCUCUGACCCAGGUUCCUGGAGAAGAAGCCCAUUUCCUCUGCCUCCGGACCAGCUCCAGUUCCUAAGCGCUGAGGUCUCACGGGAGUGCUGUUACUGACCCAUGCAGCAGUGAGGCUCAAUAUAAACUGGGUGCAGCAUUGCCAGGAGAUUGUGUUCUUUAGUGGCCACCAGUGAGUGCAGUUGGGGCUCUGGCAGUGGUGAAGAGGGCCUGGAGAAGGCUGUGCGCGCCUUAACCCAGAUCAGCGCUGCCGCCUGAGCAGCGGGGGGAUGACGAGGGAGGGAGGGGGCUGUCCGGACAGCACCUGUGCACAAGUGCUGUUGUUCAGCCCCUUCCUUGCCUUAUUGCCAAUUAGGAUGAGGCCUUCAAAGACACAGCCUUUGUGCUAGAGGUUGAAGGGAGGUUGGCAGGUGGCAAAAACUGGCUGAACAAUCCAGUCACCAGUUGAGGCUUGGCGACCAUGUUUCUUCCCCGUGAGGCCCUGCCUUUCCAGGACGUUGCCUGAGCACAGGAACAGGCCCACAGCCACCCCUUCAUUCCCCAGUGUCCACCAUAGGAACACGAGGGGGCGUUUGCUGAACUGUCCAGGCACCGCCAGAGGCCAGAGGGCGAGCGGACGUGCGCUGACCUCUUUCCCGUCCUGUCUCACCCCACACCUGGGGAGACUGGUGCUACCCAGGAAGAGCGCGCAUGGAUAAGACACAUAGGAGAGGGAGAUGGGGCCUCCUACAUUCCCUCUGGUUUCCCGCUGCUCAAACUGCACUGCGUGUUGCAACGUAAAAAGUAUCCUGAGGGUGGGGAGGAAGGUCUCAUCCACAUCGUCAGUGCAUCUUCUUGUUCUGUGCUUUUUUCCUGUUCUUGGCAAGAAGCCAAUAAUAAUUCUGUUUCUGAUCUGCCCAUCCAGUAUUUUAUUCUCCCAUGAAGUUUUAUUUUUUCUCUUCUUACUACCUCUCCAUCAGUGAGAUUCUGGUGAAGCUCUCUGCAGCUGUCUCAUUCCUUCCCAAUGACAGCAGCAUGAAAUGACUCUUUAAAUAGCAUUGAAACCUCAGCUGCCCUUUGAAUUUAGGGUAGAGAUUCCUGUCCCCUUCUUGUCAUGGAUUAGGAGGUUGCGAACUAGGGUUAACUUCGGCUGUAUCUGGAAAAUUUUCCUGCUUCUCUCAGAGAUCUGCCAAGGCUCCUUAAAGUGGUUCAGUUGUUGUUCGUAUGAAGCUGUUGAGAGAGAAUGAAAAAUAGGAAGCCCAGAACCCUGAGAGAUUCUCCAUCCUGGCUGUUCACCAGAAUCAAAUUCGAGUUUAAAGAAAAUCUCUGUGCCUGAGUGCUAUCCUAAGUGACUAGCAGAGAGGGCACGGGGUGGGACCCGGCAUCGAUGGUUCCCGUACACCCAUUGGUAUCCAUUAGAGGGAAGGGAGAGGGCAGGUUGCAAAAGCAUGGGUUAGUCUUCAUUGAGAUAAAGGAUUUGGUUUUCCUAAUCUAUUAUAGGACGUAGUUUUCCCAGGCUGGCAUCUCUGACUAAAUUCCGUAUAAAACAUUGGAAGGAGAGAUGAAAAAACAAAUGGUUUUACAGACUAAGUCUGCAGUUAUCAAAGCCAAGUUUAACUGUGAUUUGAUUUUAUCUCCUUUCUUAAAAAGCAUCUUCCUAAGGGCGUCUCUGUCUCUUAACUAUGUUUCACAAAACCCAAAACCGUAAUUUUUCCAUUUCACAAGCAAGAACCACCUGGAAGUCCUCAGAACUAGAAGCAGUGGGAGUUCUUCGCCCUGGUCCUGGUGGGUUUGCUGACUAAGGCUGGGCCAGCCUUGUAAAACAUGGAAGAUAGUCCAGUGCUUGGAGAUUCUUGGAUGGAAGAGGGCAACAUUCUGCCCCAAACCUGACCCCCAGCUCCGCCCCCCUCUGUCCAAAUUUUUUAAUCUUUGGGGAAGGACGUCGUGCCUUUCCCUCCCAUUCUGCCUUUCUACUCAGUAACUCCCACCUUUGCCUGAAGUAAUGGCAUCUCCUACUUCUCCAUCUGGACAUUUUUUUUUUGCACCAUCCAGGUUAGCAAACCAUGAGUUAGCCUAAUGCUUAAAAAAUAGACUCAUUGUCUUGAGAAGCCUAAUCAAUUCCAAAGCAUAUUUUGGUUUUUUCCCUGUUGUCCCUUCCUAAAAAAUGAGUUCAGGAUAACAGUAUUUUAUAUGGUUGGUUGUGACUUUUUUUUUCCCCUCAAAUAAAUAAUCAAAAACUAAUGUUUGGAAAAGCUGUGUUGAGGCCUAUAAUCUUUCUUCCUCGGUCUCAGCCCCUGGUGGCCACCUUGUUCACACUCUAGAUUAGCUGACAUUGCCACCUUGUACUCCACUCAAGCUGAGAACUCACUUUUUUUUUUUUUUUUGGAUAAGAUUUUAUUUGAGAGACAGAGCACAAGUAGGGGGAGGAGCAGAAGCAGAGGGAGGGGGAGAAGGAGACUCCCUGCUGAGUGGGGAGCCCAGAU